AUGAAUGAAGUACAUAAUAAUAAUCAGAAGCCUACAUUAUAUUCCGAAUGGAUAUAUGAUAUGCUCAAGGAAGGGGGCGGACAACUCGUGCCUUAUAAACUUGUCACCCAGUUAGAGCAGGAGUUAAAUGGAUAUACCCAGGUUAAGAAGUCUGCACAUACAAUUGCGACAGCGUGCUCCUUCGUAUCUGAAGUAAGGAAGAAGGAACAGGCGGACAGUGGCAUUUGUACUUGGUUUUAUUACUGGUUAGGGAAUAUGCUAUUUAAUGAAGGUAAGCUCAGUUCAAUCUCGGAUGUUAUGGAUAUUAUUUACACAGCAUGGGGAAAAUCUGAUUUAGGAAAUAGUUGUACAAAGGAUAACACUCAUAAUGACGGAGUUGAUUUCUACAGUAAGAAGAGUGAGUUCGACUUUAAGAAGGACUAUGAGCCUCAGGAAGAGCAAGAGCAAUGUAAAAGUGAUAGUAGGGAUGGCAGCAGUGGUCCAUAUUGCACCAAGUUCAUAGGGAAAUAUGGGAACUCCUGUACACGGAAUUCAUCACAAUUAACAUGCACGUGGAAAAAUCUCAAAAAACCUUCUGCUGGAGAUGACUUCGACCUCGACAUUGGCAAAAUGGACCUAGACAAUAAGGAUCAGGACCCCAUAUUAAGCAAUUUACCUUCCACAAAGGCAUACAAAAAAUUUAAUGAAGCCAAUGGCACCUGUGAGGAAGAUGGUGAUGUUAGCUUACCAUUAGAAAUAGAAGGAGCAUUUCCAGGGAGCCUUAAGACCGGUAAUCAGCGUUACCUUAAUAGGCUUAAGGAUGUUUGGUGCUACGCAAGUAAAGGGGGGGAGGGCAAUUUGACCGAUGUUGAACGGUGCAGCUUUUUGUAUUAUUACAUAGGGUAUACGUUCUCUGAGUACUUCACCCAUGAUAGUUCAUUUCAGACUUUUAUGGAUACUGUCCGCAAGGAAUUGGAGCAGUUGUCUGAUGUUGAUGGCGAGAAGUGUGAUAUUGUGCCCAGUUGUUCCGGCAGGACCCAUUUCACAUGGGAAAAGGAAGUAUACGAUUUUAUACAGGAUCAUGGAACUAUAAGAACAACGUUAGAGGGAAGUGAAAUCACCUGUACUAAAGAGUUUCUCCAACAUUUGGAAGAUGUUGCUGGUGCAUUUGGAACUAUGGGUUGGCAUUGCACGAAGAAUGCUACGAAGGACGGGAAAUAUUGUCAAAAACUUAACAGCGCACAUAAACCAAACAAACUUGUGGAACUCCUGAAAACAAAAUGUACAUUACCAGAGACACAGAAAUAUAUUAUACAAAGAAUAGAAACAUUGGGUAUACUUCCCAGUACGGGGACUUCCUCCGGAACGGGCACCAUUGUCUGUUCCACAUUGUCUGUACUGGGACUACCAAUGCUUGGAUACUUCUUAUAUAAGUAUAACCUUUUACCUUCUUGGUUUGGUAACCAUUUUGGAGGAGGGAGCAGUAAAAUAAGGAAGAGAAAAAAAAGAUCUACCAGGAGCAACUUUGAUGCAUUAACGGAAUACACAACAGAGGACGGCACUUCAACAAUAGCACCUUCAACAAUUGGUGACUCAACAAUAGGUUCCACCGUAGAAGAUAAUUCUACCAUAUAUAAUGAUGAACGAAGACCACCACCACGACGAUCAUCAUCUGGAAGGGGAUCAAAUAGUAGACCACAACAACAUAGGCAACAGCAGCAAAGGCCACAAAGGCAACAGAAACAAAGAAAUAUAAGUUAUCAAAACAUAUAA